UGCUGCUGCGCUUCCGGCAAGACGAGCAAGAUGGAGGCGGUCGGAGCUUGAGAGCGGGUCUCUUCGAACGCAGCACGCCAUGGCGGACGAUGCUGAGCUGGAGAGGAAGGCAGUGGAAGAGCUAUUGACAGAAGCCAAGCGUGGGAAAACUAGAGCAGAAACAAUGGGGCCCAUGGGCUGGAUGAAGUGCCCCCUUGCCAGUACAAAUAAAAGAUUUCUUAUGAAUACUAUUAAGAACACAUUGCACUCACCAAACGAGCAAGACCAGGGAGAGAAAGAUGAAGAGGAAAAUAAAGACUCUGAACCAAGUCAGAGCAGGGAAGAAACUAAACCAAAGAGACACAGAGUGCAUCCUUACAAACCUAGUUUUCGGUCUAGGAGAAGAGUCAGCUGCUCUCCUCCCAGGCACAGGCACAAGCACAGGAACCAGAACACAAAGGACAAGUAUGAAAAGCGAUCCAGCAAAUAAUGAAAAAACUUUAUGUCGAAGAAUCUAAUUAAGCUAUUAACUCUGGGGGAAUGUUCAUUUAUCUUUGACUUGAAAGUAUUGCUUAGUACAAAUGUCUGUUGUAACAGUUUAGAGUUGAAUCCUUAUGUACCUUAAAAAAUAAAUAAAUGAUUCUGUGCUUCCUUUCUGUUACUCUACUAUCCCAAAUUAAAUUUUGAUGGUUGUUAAGACUUUUGUGCUCAAAUAUUUUGGAAAUGAUCUUUUAGCUCAACGUGUGCAGCCUAUUUUAGCUGUCUAUAUUUCUUCAUUGCCUAGAGAAAGGAUUUCUCUGUUUGAUGUUGAUCAGAAUCAUUGAGAAGGAACCUGCCCCAAUCUUCCAUUGCAGUAAGGAAUGAUUUUUUUCCUGCUAUAUAGUACAAUAUGUAAAUACACUUUGUAACUCUGUUCAGAAAAGUUCUUAAUACAAUUCUAAUUUAUUUAUUUUUGUUCCUUAGAUAUGGAUCUUGAUAAUUCUCUAGGCCUUCACUUUAUUCAAUUUGAAUAUAUUUGCUGUAGUUUUAAUAUGAAAAAAAGAUUUAUAUGGUAUCUGAAUAUUAUAAAUUAUUUAGCUUCAGUUAAUUAAAUAACAGAACUCCUGUGGGGACAUGGAACUCUGUGUGAAAAAUAGCUGCCUGUUCAUUUCAUAAUAGAAUGUAUUUGUGUAUUUACUUUUCCCAACACCAGUGAAUAAGUUCUCCUUUGAUUUAGACAUCUGAGUUCAUAAUUUUUCCUAAUCAUAAAGUGUUAGUGUUUUGAAUCCAUCUACUUAAAAUGCUGUGUAUAUCAUUGCUAAUAAAUACAGCGAAG